AUGGCAUUUAUGUAUCCUAUGCAUUUCCCAACGGUACCAUUGCGAUGGGAUGAACCAGCAUGGGCAAUUCCUUGUACAGAUGCAAUUGAUGAAAUUUUACUUUCGAGACUAGAAUCACGUAUCAGUGCGCAGUCUGUAUUUGCUCAAAUGCGUUCAGUACCAAAUGUUAUUUCUGGAAGCACUUUAUUGCAAGAAAUUGAUGAUCUGGAAGAUGAUGACGAAGAAGUAGCUGAUGAAGACGAUGAACAAAAUCAGUAA